UAACGCGCAUUCAUGCAAACCAGAUGUGGCUACUACAGCGUGGAUGGCCUGCGUUGCCUGCGCCAGGUGUGCAGUGUCAUUCAGCUGUAGUCCUGUGUGUGGGGGGCUGUUUAUAACUUUGGAAACAGACACCCACUGUGUAUGCUUUGUGCCCCCCACAGCACAGGAGUCGCAGCUUGUUGGCGUGAACGCGCCGCUGUCUCUGGCCGGAGGGGGCUGGCCCUCCCUGAUUGAAUCCAGCUGUUGUGAGUGCGCUCGGAAGGGGCCAGUCAAUUUGCAUUGCUAAAUAAUCUGUGGAGCCUGACAGAGCGGAGCAGAAACGGUCCAUUUUGAAAAAGGCAUUCCUGCAACACUUGGUCAAUGCUCCGCAGCUUCAGCUCGACCAGAAGACAGCGGUUAAUGAAAACCUAGUGUCGGUUUUCGCGUAAAGGCGCAUUGUUGGAGGAGUGGCGCGAGCCCUGCUGGGUAGUGGUGAGGGGAUUUGGGGAGAAUUUACGGGUCGUCUAAAUCUUUCCUUUGAGAAACCAUCAACCAUGCUUUUUGAAGUACGUGGCUUCAGGUUCUGCUCUUCUGCAAAGAUGUUGGCAGCUCUGGUAUUUAUUCUGCUAUGUAUCCAGCCUGGACACGGACAGACCUGCACAGAAGGUUUUGCUUAUGACCGCAUGUCGAGACAGUGUAUAGAUGAGGAUGAGUGCCGUACCCAGCCAGAUGUUUGCAGAGGAGACAUGCGCUGUGUGAACCAGAACGGAGGCUACCUGUGCCUCCCGAGGAACUUGUACAAUCAGCCGUACAGACCGGAGAUCCCGGCCCUACCCGAGCCUGUUUACCCAGACUCAUCGGACCAAUUCCUCCCAGCCCCACCGAGAUCUGUGGAGCCCAGCUACCCCAGAGUGAGGACCACUGCGCAUUGCAUCCUGGGAUAUAGUCCUGCAGAGGAUGGCACCUGUAAUGACAUUGAUGAAUGUGAGACAAACUCUCAUCACUGUAACCCCACCCAGGUCUGCAUCAACACAGCAGGCGGCUACACCUGUUCCUGCACUGAAGGAUACUGGCUCAUUGGAGGACAGUGCCAGGAUAUUGAUGAAUGCCGCUAUGGUUACUGCCAACAGCUGUGUGCCAACGUCCCCGGCUCUUAUUCCUGCUCCUGUAACCCCGGCUUCAUCCUCAACCCAGACAGCAGGACCUGUCAAGAUGUGGAUGAGUGUGAAGAUGAACCGUGCAGUCACGGCUGCUUCAACACCUACGGCUCCUUCAUGUGCAACUGUGACGAGGGAUUCGAGUUGGCGUCCGACGGAACUACUUGCAUUGACUUGGAUGAGUGCAGCUUCUCUGAGUUUCUGUGUCAGCACAGAUGUGUGAACACCCCCGGCUCUUUCUCCUGCGUCUGUCCGCCGGGAUAUUAUGUAUUUCAGGACGGCAGGACUUGUGAAGAUAUCAAUGAAUGUGACACUGGUAACAACACCUGUACAACAGCACAAGUAUGUUUCAAUUUCCAGGGAGGCUAUACAUGCCUGGAUGCUUUACAGUGUCACUCUCCUUACGUCGAAGUUGGUGACAAUCAGUGUAUGUGUUCUGCUGAGAACCCUGCCUGCAGGGACAAACCCUUCACUAUUCUGUACCGACACAUGGACUUGUCGUCGGGGCGCACUGUGCCUGCAGACAUCUUCCAGAUGCAGGCCACCACGCGCUACCCCGGCGCCUUCUACAUAUUCCAGAUAAAGUCGGGCAAUGAGGGGCGAGAGUUUUACAUGAGGCAAACCAGUAACGUGAGCGCCACACUGGUCUUGUCGCGGCCCAUCAAGGGGCCCAGAGAGAUGGUGCUGGACUUGGAGAUGGUCACGGUCAACAACGUCAUCAACUUCAGAGGCAGCUCCAUCAUUCGUCUGACGGUCUUUGUGUCAGAGCACCCGUUCUGAGCGCCCAUAAAAUUAACUUUGACGCCCCCCCCCCCCCUCUCAAAGAAUCGAGCUGUCCUCAUCUGCAGCUGAUGUCAUGGUUUGUUUGAGACAGUUCAUCACCUUUUUUUUGUAUCAUUAUGUCAUCCUCAAUAAAGACACGUCCGAUAAAGACUCCAAAAUCAGCUGAUGGGAAAAGCAUCCCUGUGCUGGAAUCCCCACCCUGGUUUAAUGGACGCUGGGCUUUUAUGGCUGUGAUAUGGACUUUCGACACAUAGGGGUAUUUAUGGUGUACAAUUUCUGACAUCCUCUAUUUAGAAAAUGAUGGGAAUUACCCUCACUGAAUGCCAGCGUAUACACAAAACAGUUUUUUUCCUCCCAGUUGUCUGUGAAUUUUCACCCCUUCAGAUAAACUGUGAAAGUAACUUUUAUAUGCUGGAAAUCAAGAGCUGUCGCUGCGUCAUCGUCGUGUUUUUUAUUAUGAGCCAGUCAUUAACUGAAUUAUUGAUCACAGUUUCUUUUACACCAAUAAAUGCCUUCACCACACAACUGUCUCUGGCAUGAGCUGGCCCUAACAGCACACUUUAUUUUAGGAUUAUUAGGUAAUGUUUUCAGGAGGACUUUAACAAACUGUGAUUAUGAAUAUCAAAUGUAGGGACACAA